AUGAACUUCCCACCACCACUCAUCUUCGAGCCGCUGCAGCUACCGCACCGGCAGACGUUUAUCCUACUCCACGGACGAGGCUCAUGGGCAGAGAAGUUCGCGCCCGAGCUGCUGCAAACACCUCUGCCACGGAGCUCUCCACAGAACCACGCCGGAAGCAGCCAAUGCGCGAAAUCGGCCCACGGGCCCACGAACGCCCUACCGGACCAGAAGCCCGCCAUGACAUUACAGACAUCCUUCCCGCACGCCCGCUUCGUAUUCCCCACUGCACCCCGCCGCCGGGCAGCGCUAAACAGGCGGGCGCUCACCCACCAGUGGUUCGACAGCUGGAAGCUCGACCCGCCGGCGACAGAGCGGGAGGAGCUGCAGAUCGAGGGCCUGCGGGGGACCGCCCUGUACCUGCAUGAGCUCCUCCGGGGCGAGAUCGCCCGGGUGCCCGGCGGCGCGCGGAACGUGGUCCUCGGCGGCCUGAGCCAGGGGUGCGCGGCCUCCCUCGUGGCGUUGCUGCUAUGGGAGGGGGAAGGCCUGGGUGGUGUUGUUGGGAUGUGCGGCCGGCUUCCCUUCGCCGACAGGAUCAUCGCCGAGGCUCGGGAUGAAGGGGGGUAUCAAGAGCUUGGUUUUGACCCGUUCGCGGCCGAUGGGUCUGACGCCGGGGACGUGGGCCACGGCUCGGAGGUGGAGGAUACCCCGGUGCGCAAGGCCGCAGGCUGGUUGAGAGAGCAACUGGACCUGCCGGCUCCCGAGGCAUCAUCUGGCAUUUUGCCGUUGCAGAAGGUCCCCAUUUUCCUCGGCCACGGGGCGCAGGACGAGAAGGUGAGCAUAGAGCUUGGGCGCAGAGCUGCAGAGUGUCUAGAGACGCUCGGCGCGCGAGUUUGUUGGAAAGAGUACGGUGACCUGGGCCACUGGUAUUCUCCUGAAAUGUUGGGGGAUCUGGCAUGCUUUUUGCUCGAGACCUUGGCCGUCCCAGCCCAGAUCAACGAAUGA